AUGUUAUUCACUAAAGAUCAUUAUUUAUUUAUAUUAUUAUAUAUAUAUUUCUUUUGUCUUCUAACAUUUGUGAAUUCUUGUAAUAUAUGGAAAGCAUCUGAUUGUCCACAACCACCAACUGCUGAUGAUGAAGAGAUUAUGAAAGAUGAUUUAUAUACACGUGAACAACUUUUUCAAUUUUGUGAUAAAGGAAAAAAAUAUAUUGAAUGUGUUAAUAAACAACUUCAAUGUUGUGAUUUAAACAGUGAACAUACAGGUGCUUUAGCAGCAUUUGAAGUUGGCCUUCAACAAGCUGGUUGGCGAUUAGGUAGAUAUUGUGCGGGUCUUGGUGGUGAUUCAAUAAUUCGGUAUAAAUGUAAAACGACGACAUCACCACCAGUACGAACAACUACGACAACAACUUCAACAACUUCAACUAUUCCACCAUGUGAAGUCGAAGAGGCUGGAAAAGAAUGUAAUGAUAUAUUGAAUAGUCGUUUAAGAUUUAAAAAAGAUUGGACUGUAUUAGAAAAAAUUCGAUGGUGUAAAACAGUAAGAGGAUAUAUCCGAUGUGCCGAUAAAUAUAUAACAAAUUGUUCAAUUAUUGACGUUCGCGAUGAUGUUGAGCAACUUUCAAAUUUUAUGAAACAUAUUCAGAAAGAAGCAGAUCGAGAAUGUCAAGGUGGUUUUAAAGGUUGUGACAAUGCAAUUACUGAUGUACGUUGUACACAUAGUUCAGGUGAUUAUUAUAAUGGUAAAGUAUUUGGUUCAGCAAUACAAACUUUAAUUAUUAAUUGGUACUUAUUUUUCUUUAUUGCCUUGAUAUUAUGGUGGAAUCGAUAG